GCGCGUCUGUAUUCUCAUUUCUUAAUACGCGGGAAAAAGGAGUCAUCCUCUUCCUUUCAUAGCCUAAAACCCCAACCCCAAAAUUCUCAUCUUCUUGUCGAAUUCAUAAUCUUUACAGCAAUUUCCAGUGUAUCGUAUCAUAAUUAUAAAUGGGUAUUAAGGGUUUAACGAAGCUUUUGGUGGAUAAUGCCCCGAAGGCUAUGAAAGAGCAGAAAUUUGAGAGCUACUUUGGCCGCAAGAUCGCCAUAGAUGCCAGCAUGAGCAUCUACCAGUUCCUUAUUGUGGUGGGAAGAAUUGGCACUGAAAUGCUUACUAAUGAGGCUGGCGAAGUCACUAGUCAUUUGCAAGGCAUGUUUACUCGGACCAUCAGGCUUCUUGAGGCUGGAAUAAAGCCUGUUUAUGUGUUUGAUGGGCAGCCUCCAGACUUGAAAAAAGUAGAGCUGGCAAAGCGUUACUCAAGGAGGGCAGAUGCUACUGAUGAUUUGGCUCAAGCUGUGGAGGCUGGCAACAAGGAAGACAUUGAGAAAUUCAGUAAGCGGACAGUGAAGGUGACAAACAAGCACAAUGAGGACUGCAAAAGACUUUUAAAGCUCAUGGGAGUACCUGUAAUUGAGGCUCCAUCAGAAGCAGAGGCAGAGUGUGCUGCACUUUGUAAAUCAGGAAAGGUUUAUGCUGUAGCUUCUGAGGACAUGGAUUCCUUAACUUUUGGAGCUCCUAGGUUUCUUCGCCAUUUGAUGGAUCCCAGCUCAAGAAAGAUCCCUGUUAUGGAAUUUGAAGUUUCAAAGAUUUUGGAGGAAUUGAACCUUAGCAUGGAUCAAUUCAUUGACUUGUGCAUCCUUUCUGGAUGUGAUUAUUGUGACAGCAUUCGAGGAAUUGGAGGGCAGACUGCCUUGAAGCUCAUCCGUCAGCAUGGAUCUAUAGAGAACAUAUUGGACAACAUAAACAAAGAGAGGUACCAAAUACCAGAGAAUUGGCCUUAUCAGGAGGCUCGACAGCUUUUCAAUAAACCAAUUGUCCUUGCUGAUGAAGAGGUGCCUGAGCUUAAGUGGACUGCCCCAGAUGAAGAGGGUCUGAUUACUUUCUUGGUGAAUGAAAAUGGGUUCAAUAUUGAUCGGGUAACAAAGGCAAUAGAAAAAAUUAAAGCAGCUAAGAACAAGUCAUCUCAAGGCCGUUUGGAAUCAUUUUUCAAGCCAGUUGCCAACGCAUCCAUACCUAUUAAGCGGAAGGAAACUAAAUGUGUGCUUCAAUCUCCUAAGCCAGCAAUCAAGUCUAAAAUUCUCCCUCUUCAAGUUUGUAAUUGUUCUGUUCCCAAGGUCAUUGGCAGCUUAAGCCAGCCAAUUGUCUACCUGGAAUCCAAGCUCUCCACACCAUCCAGAGGUUUCUGUUUCGGUGGAUGAAAAUGAACCUGAAAACUCUAGUGAACCUUCAGAACCAAUUUGUAUUCAUUGCUAUUCCACGUGGCUCACUAUUUCAGGCUACCAGCAUAAAAUUGUUGCAUUCUUGCAAAUAGAGACUACUUUCAUGAGGAAAGCAAAUUUUUAUCAAUGACUCCUAAUUCUAUCCAGUGUUGUAACUGAUAGACACUAUAUUUGAAUCAUGCGUACAGAUGUCUCUCAUGGAAGGAAUUGGUCGAUUGCUGGUAUUCAUUUUUAGUUUUCAUUCUUUAAACAUUCUGUGACAGGAAACACCGGAUAACAGGGGUAAAGAAUCUAGUGGUAAGAAGUCCAAGGCUGGAAGUGGUAAGAAGAAGAAGUAGCUAAUUUGAUGAAACCUUAUCAAACAAAUGAAUGUUAGGUAAUCAGGUAAAAAGUUUGAUUAUGACACUGAUAAGUUAUUUGCCUGCAUCAAUUUUGUCUUUUCUUCUGAGCCUUGAUUUCCAAUUCAUUUGUGGAGCAGUUACUGUUUCAUGCGUGAGAAGGAUGUGUACUGUAAGCAUAUAAUGGUUAUGCAUGUUUUUGAAAAUUGUUUCUAGUUGCAAUUUUCCUGACAAUGUUGUUUCUUAUUGGUGUUAUCAGGUUAGAAGUUUCUUGCUCAAAGGAUGCAAUAGUGAUCUAAGUUUGCUGAUGCAUUUUGUAACUAUCGAUCUGGAAAAUAGCAAGGUGUAUAAUAUUUUAAUGUUGUCCUGUAGGCCUGAGUUAGAUAUGUGGAUCGUGGUUACUUUUUGCAGGCACGUUUUCCUCGUCAUUUUUAACAGCAGACAUGGAUGUCUGCAACUCCUAAAGCACAAUAGAGACAAAUCAUAAUUAAUUUGUAAUUGUAAUUAUAAUGAUGCAUAAAUCUAGUUUUAUCAUUUUUUUUAA